GCUGUUAAAUAGGGAAGUGUCCCGACCUUAUCUUCUAACCGUGAACGCGAUCGUCGCCGUCGUGUCCGUUACGUCUUAUCAGCUCUGUGCGGUAGUUAUGUGACACGCGUAAUCUGCUCUAAACCGUCUAUACUCCUCUACUCUUACUAUUAUAUAAACGUAUUAUAAAUUAUAAUUUAUAGUUAGUAACUUAGUACACGUCUCGUGUAGUACAACUUUUACUUUUACGUUCAUAGUUUUGCCGUUUACACAGUUACCCUCUGUAACCCCUUCGCAGAAGUUUCACUGGCUACAGUUGAAUUAUAUUUUUUACCCGUGGGUUUCGUGACCGUCCGCCAAGAUGUCUCUAGAAGAUGUGGAAAACAUCAAAAAGCGCAUCGAGAACUUCAAGAAGACUCUGAUGGAGCUGACCGAAGCGCCGGGCUCGCAAGAAACUGCAGAACACAAGGUCCGUGAGAUGUCAGCUGAAGUAGUUGAUUCGAACCCGUACAGCCGGUUAAUGGCCCUGCAACGAAUGGGCAUCGUUAAGAAUUACGAGGACAUCAGGAAAUACACAGUGGUCGUGGUUGGUGUCGGUGGAGUUGGCAGUGUCACUGCAGAGAUGCUCACGCGUUGCGGCAUAGGAAAGUUAGUAUUGUUCGACUACGACAAAGUAGAACUAGCCAAUAUGAACCGCCUCUUUUAUCAACCAUCCCAAGCGGGUCUGAGCAAGGUGACAGCCGCAUCAAUGACAUUGACAAAAAUUAAUCCAGACGUCAAGAUUGAAACAUACAAUACAAACAUCACGCUAAGCACCCAAUUUGAAGAGUUCUUGAACGUCUUAAAGACUGGAGGAAUUAAUGGUGAUCGAGUUGAUUUGGUAUUGAGCUGCGUGGACAAUUACGAAGCCCGAAUGACAAUUAAUGCAGCAUGUAAUGAAUUAGGAUUAAAAUGGUUUGAAUCGGGUGUUAGUGAAAAUGCUGUAUGUGGACAUAUUCAGUAUAUUGUGCCUGGAGAAUCCGCUUGCUUUGCAUGUGCACCUCCAUUGGUAGUCGCUUCAGAUAUAGAUGAAAAAACUUUAAAAAAGGAUGGAGUUUGUGCAGCGAGUUUACCAACAACGAUGGGUGUUGUUGCAGGAUUGCUAGUUCAAAAUUCAUUAAAGAAAUUACUGGGUUUUGGAACAGUUUCGUGGUACUUAGGAUAUAAUGCUUUAUCUGAUUUCUUUCCAAGCAUGAUGAUUAAACCAAACCCGAAUUGUAGUGAUAAUUUCUGUUUAAAACAACAGUCAGAAUUUAAAAAUAGGGUAAAAGAGGAACCAGAAUGCACAAAUGUUGAUCUACCUGAAGAUAUAGUUACUCAUGAAAAUAAUGAAUGGGGGAUAUCAUUAGCGGAAGAUGAACCAACAGCAUCAAAUAACACAACAGAACUUCUUGAACCAUUAAAAACUGAAAAUAUAAAUAACAGCACAAAAAGUGAUGAUGAAUACUUAUCACUGAAUGAUGGAAUAGAAUUUGCUUAUCCAUCUGCUGAUCAAACAGCUCCAAAUGAAGAAUCCUUAGUGAAAGAAACCGAAUUAAACGUAGACGAUCUUAGAAAACAAUUGUCAUUGCUAUGAUUGCAGUUUACAUUUAAAAUAUAUUUUUAAUUCGCCUCAUAAAACCAUUUGUAAUUAAAAUUUUUUCUAAUAUAGACCUAUGUUAAGUAUUUUAUAUUUGUUCUUACAUAAAUUCCAAUUUAAGAUACUUAAUAAUAAUUUAACAAAAUAUGUAUUGUAUGUAUCAUAAUAGUUAUAAAAAAACAACUUUGUGAUACAAAUUAUGUUUUA